UCAACGGGCGGGGCUGGUGCCACGCGUGGAGGUGCCAAGCAGCGAUACCGCGGUGCAGCGGAAGGUGGAGCUGAAAAGGUUUCUAAGCCUUUCACUGGCAAAGGGAUUUCUCACAGCCUUCAGCCAUGCGUCUCUCUGCCUUGCUAGCCUUGGCAUCCAAGGUUACUCUGCCCCCCAAUUACCGCUAUGGAAUGAGCCGCCCAGGCUCCCUGGCAGACAAAAGGAAGAACCCCCCAGGGACCAGACGGCGCCCAGUGGCUGUGGAACCCAUCUCUGAUGAAGACUGGCAUCUGUUCUGUGGGGACAUGGUGGAGAUUCUAGAAGGCAAGGAUGCUGGGAAGCAGGGCAAAGUGGUUCAAGUUAUCCGGCAGCGAAACUGGGUGGUUCUGGAAGGGCUGAACACACAUUACCGCUACAUUGGCAGGACUAAGGAUUACAGGGGAACCAUGAUUCCUAGUGAAGCCCCCUUGCUCCACCACCAAGUCAAACUUGUGGAUCCUGUGGACAGGAAACCCACUGAGAUUGAGUGGAGAUUUACUGAGGCAGGAGAGCGGGUACGAGUUUCCACGAGAUCAGGGAGAAUUAUCCCCAAACCUGAUUUUCCCAGAUCUGAUGGCAUCGUCCCUGAAACCUGGAUUGAUGGCCCCAAAGAUACAUCAGUAGAAGAUGCUCUAGAAAAAACCUAUGUGCCUCGUCUAAAGACACUGCAGGAAGAGGUGAUGGAGGCUAUGGGGAUCCAGGAAACCCGGAGAUACAAGAAAGUCUAUUGGUAUUGAGCCUGGGGAGAACAGCUUCUCUCCCACUUGUCUUAGCCUUGAAGGCAGGGCAGCCUCUUUGGAUGCCAAUAAAGACCCAUGAAUCCUCC